AUGGCAGAUGUUGUUAUAGAUGCAAUGGUUGCGGAAGCAGUUCGAUCAGCAAGGCCGGAGUUUGCUGGUGAUCUACAGUCAUUAUCUUGGUCAUCGAUGGCUGUAGGUGGGAUAUUCGGGAGCUUGCUGGGAGGAUAUGCAUUAUCCAAUCUCCCAAUACAUGCUAUAUAUGUUGUUUUCUCAGCCCUCCCAUUCUUGAAACUAGUUUCCUGUAUGUUUGUUGAGGAUUCUCCAAAAGGAUUCCACAGUGCAAAUGAUGAACAUAAGCCUAUGGCAUGGUUUUUCUUGUCAAAUGUAACAAUUUCAAAUAUCUCCACAGUCAUGUUCUAUUAUCAAACAGAGGACCUAAAUUUGGAGGUAUCCUUUCUAGGGACUGCACGUGUGAUUGGGUGGUUCAGUCUAAUGCUUGGCACCUACACCUACAACCGCUAUUUUAAGCAGAAGAAGCUCAGGAAUAUUCUUGUGUUUGCUCAUGUCGGUCUUGCGGUAAUUACCCUACUGGACAUUAUUUUGGUGUCACGGUUACACGUUCAGUAUGGAAUUGCCGAUAAGUACAUGGUGCUGUGGGGUUCUGCUUUGGCUGAUGCAAUCAACCAGUUCAAGAUGAUGUCGUUCCUGAUCCUGUCAGGACAGCUUUGCCCACCUGGAAUCGAGGGCACACUGUUUGCUCUUUUCAUGUCAAUCAACAACCUUGGUUCAACAUUAGGUUCAUUCCUGGGGUCUGCUCUGGCAUCAGCUUUGAACCUCACCACAGGGCAGUUUGACAAUCUUGCUCUAGGUUUGGGAGUACAGAUGAUUUGUACUCUCCUACCGAUUGGGUUCCUAUCUCUGAUUCCAAAGGAAGUCACAGGACUAACAUCAUAG